AUCAAACGACUACUGUUUUCAGCGAGACAACAAACAGUUCCUCCUCCUAGGCAUAGCUUAAAUUUUCCUAGUAUGCAUGUGCUUUGAUGGCGUACUCGCUGGAGGAUUCUGAGCUGCAUGGGGUUUGAUUGGGAGCAGUGGACUUUUCUUCCAGUGAUUUGUGGCAGCCCUGGUCUCAUCCAAUUAUGAGGUCAGCUCUUGAGGGUUAGUGGAGGAUCACGGAGUUUCUCUAGCUAAAGUUUGUUUCUUUCCUAGCAAAAUUGAGUUGUUUGUUUGUAGCCGUGGAGAUUUUGGAUAAUUUUGAUGGUGAGAGUCCAGGGCUUGGGAAACUGGAUGGGGUAAGAUAUUAGGUGGUGAAGGGUUGAUUCAAGUGGAUUCCUAUUGUAGAGUUCUAGCAUUUUCUGUUUUGGUCGGAGUUGCUUCUGGUCAUAUUGUGGAAAAUGGAUUGCCCCUUUUCAUCCAAAGAAAAGGGGUUUGCUUAUUGGGGUUCUCCUAGAGCACAGAUGGAAGGUCUGGCACAGUAUGACGGUGCCACGAGAAAUUUGAGUUCUGAAGAUCCCUUCAACAUCUCAGAGCUCAUGAAUUUCAAUACUUAUACUGGCUGGUGUAACAGCCCUGCAGUAACAGACCAGAUGUUUGCCUCCUUUGGUUUGUUAUCCCCUCAGUCCAUGCCUCAAGUCUCCAUUGAUCCAUUAAACAUUACAGAAGAAAAUUCUGCUGCCUUUGCUGAGGGUGGUGGUGCAUUAAGUGGCAUAGCGAGCCCUUAUAGUUGUGGAGACAGAAUGGUCUUCCAGGAAACAGAUACAGACUUUGGUUCUUUACUUGAUAAUAGAGAUGCUAAUGAUUCGAGUGUUAGGCAAAAUCUCAAUAAUUAUCAACAAAGCAGUAUUCCAGACUUUGCUAAUUGUAUGAUUGCCAGGCCAAUUGGACAAUCACUUGAUGAGAAGAUGCUUAGAGCACUGUCCUUGUUUAAGGAGUCAUCUGGAGGAGGUAUUCUGGCACAAGUUUGGACACCAAUUAAGCAAGGGGAUCAGCUUAUCCUGACUACAUCCGAGCAGCCCUAUUUGCUAGAUCAGAUGCUUUCUGGCUAUCGUGAAGUAUCAAGGGCAUAUACAUUCUCUGCAGAAGUAAAACCAGGUUCUUUCCCAGGACUUCCUGGGCGUGUAUUUAUGUCAAGAGUUCCAGAGUGGACUUCUAAUGUAAUUUAUUACAAGCAGGCCGAGUAUUUACGGGUUAUUCAUGCAGUCAAUCAUAAUGUCCGUGGUUGUAUUGCCUUGCCAGUCUUUGAACCUACUAAUAUGGGUUGCUGUGCUGUGCUGGAACUUGUCACAGUGAAAGAGAAACCUGAUUUUGAUUCAGAAAUUGAAAAUGUUUGCCACGCACUCCAGGCUGUGAACUUAAGAACCAAUGCACCUCCUCGAACUCCUCAGUGCCUGUCAAGGAAUCAGAGAGCUGCUUUAUCUGAAAUAUCUGAUGUUUUACGGGCUGUUUGUCAUGCACAUAGAUUACCAUUAGCUCUGACAUGGAUCCCUUGUAGUCUCACUGAAGGAGCCAUAUGUGUUAAAGAAGGCCAGAAGGUUUCAGAUGGCAAAUGCGUCCUAUGCAUCCAAGACACUGCUUGUUAUGUAAAUGAGAAAGAAAUGCAAGGUUUUGUACAUGCGUGUGCGGAGCAUUACCUUGAAGAAGGAAAGGGAAUAGCUGGGAAAGCACUUCAAUCUAAUCAUCCAUUCUUUGUUUCUGAUGUGAAGACAUGUGACAUAAGUGAGUAUCCACUUGUUCAUCAUGCACGUAGGUUUGGCUUGAAUGCUGCAGUUGCCAUCAGACUGAGAAGUACCUAUACCGGUGAUGAUGAUUAUAUUCUAGAGUUUUUUCUCCCUCUUAGCAUGAAGGGUAAUUUGGAGCAGCAACUCUUGUUGAACAAUCUAUCAGGUACAAUGCAGAGAAUUUGCAAGACAUUGAGAACUGUUUCAGAAGCAGAACUGGAUGGAAGACAAGGGUCAAAAAUUGAGUUACAGAGUGGAAAAAACUCCAAUUUCCCACCAUUGUCUAGGAGGAAUUUUGAAACGACAUCAUCUGCAGAUGGUGACUUGAACUCCAAUGAAAGAAAUCCCUUGAAAGUAUCUAAUGCAAAAAAGGGGACAGAAUCAGAUGGAACCUCUGAACAGGUAACGACUGAAUUAAAAAGGCAGCCAGAAAAAAGGAAACAUACAUCAGAGAAAAAUGUGAGCUUGAGUGUUCUUCAGCAGUAUUUCUCUGGGAGUCUUAAGGAUGCCGCAAAAAGCAUUGGUGUGUGCCCUACCACAUUGAAAAGAAUAUGCAGGCAGCAUGGGAUCUCAAGAUGGCCAUCUCGCAAGAUUAACAAAGUGAACAGAUCAUUAAAGAAAAUACAAACUGUACUUCACUCCGUGCAAGGGGUGGAAGGUGGAUUGAAGUUUGAUCCAGUCACUGGAGAAUUUGUUGCAGCAGGUUCCAUCAUCCAAGAAUUUGAUGGUCAGAGAACACUUCUAGUUGAUGAGAAAAGCCUAUCUGCUAGAAAUCCUGAACGGUUCAGUCAAGAGACACCAUCAGCAGCCCCUUCAUCUUCUUCUGGUAUUGAGAAAAGUGUGGUUAAAUUGGAGGAAGAUGAAUGCACUUUGGGUGAAAACAGUGGAGAUGCUUCAAGGAAUGUGCUCAUUUCAAACAGCUAUCCAGCAGAACUGAAAAAUUCGACCCUCCAUUUGGCUGAUUGUUCUCAGGACCCCAGGUUGGGUGCAGCAGAUGCAGGACAAUUCAAGCCAUCUUGGGCUUUUCUGGAAAAUUCUCAGGUGGCUUCUUAUUCAUCAAAAGGAGUGAAUAAGAGGGAUUCCAACAGGAGUAAUCUGCAAUUAGAGGGUACUGACUGCCAUUUUGUGUUUCAGAGCUCAAGUUCCUUGGCUGCUGCUUGUGAGAUGGAUACCAGAAUGGUGGGAGAUGAUGAGAUUGUUGAUCAUAAACAGCAUCCUUGUUCAAGCAUCACUGACUCAUCAAAUAGCUCUGGUUCAAUGUUGCAUGGAAGUUCAUCAAGCUCAAAGUGCUUUGAAGAAAGAAAUCGUUCAGAAAUCAAGUCAAGCUGUGUUGGCGGUGGAUCAAAAAUUACUGUCAAAGCUACUUACCAAGAGGACACUGUCCGAUUUAAGUUUGAGCCUUCAGCAGGAUGCCUCCAACUACAUGAAGAAGUAGCUAAAAGGUUCAAAUUGCAGUAUGGGACAUUCCAGCUCAAGUACCUAGACGAUGAAGAGGAAUGGGUGCUGCUGGUCAAUGACUCAGAUUUGCAGGAGUGUUUGGAAAUUUUGGACGGUAUGGGCAUGCAUAAUGUGAAGUUUCUUGUCCUUCCCAUCCCUUCUUCUAUGGGCAGCUCUGGAAGUAGCACUUGUUUUUUGGCAGGAAGCACGUAGAAGAUUUGUGUCAGCAUUACCAAUAGCAGGAUUAAACAUCCCUGUUAAGGUCGAACAGGUUGAAACUUGAAAGAACUGUGGAAUUCUAGAAGAGGUGAACAAGGGAAGUGAAGAUUUGAGUCUCCAAGAUAGUCCAUACAUGUAUUAUUGUAUCCUCAUAGGUCUGUAUAUGCUAGGAGGAGCAGCAAUAGAAAUAGAAAGUAGUAGCAAUAGCCAGAAGUGGUAGACCAAUAGUUGCUCAAAUGGAAAUCUGUAUAAUAAAUAAUCCUACCCAAUCAAGUAAUGUAUUAAUUUGAGAAAAAUGAAGCUUUUAUUUUCCAGCUAAGAGGAAAUGAGAUAAUACUUUCGUUUAGGGACAAAAACAUGAAAAUAAAACACUAGAAACACACUUGAAAUUUUUAGAAACAUUUGCAUUCACAAUCAAAGAAGCACUUGUCCUUCUCUCCCUUGUUCCAGCUUUCAACCAAGUUUCCUUUGCAGCAGUCUCAUGUUCGUUCAAAAAGAGGAAGUAGUCCUAGUUUUUCAUACAAGUGUAAUUAAUGCCGAAGAGAUCUGGUGGCUUGCCGUUUACAUUUGUAGUGGUAACAAAUUAUGCACUUUCAAAAGUUGUAAGCUAAAUUAAUUGUCUGCUGGUCCAUUCCAAGUGAUUGUUUAAUAUAAUGACUAUGAAGCAUGAACCUGCCAACAAGAAAUUAUAUACAAAAUG